AUGUCGGGGUCCCUGAGCAAGCGGAGCGACCUGGCCAAUGAUAACAGCCGCCUGGGGCUGAGCCUGGGGCUGCAGGCCCCCCCCGAGCCCGGGCAGCUGCUGCGCCCCAAGGGCCCCCCCGACUCCCCCCAGGGCCCCCACCUCUAUGGCAGCACAGAGCUGCAGGGUGGGGGGGGGCCGCCCGCCCCAGCCGGCGAGGAGCCGGCCAAUGCCAAGUGGGUGAAGGACGGGCAGAACCAGCUGCGCCGGGCAGCCGAGCGGGACCAGAACCGCAACGAGCUGGGCCCCCCCCCCGAGGAGCUGGAGGUCUCGGCCCGCAACGCCCGCAAUGCCGGUGGGGGGGCCCUGCCCCUGCUCAUCGACCUGCGGGGCACUGAGGAGGAUGAGGAGGAGGAGGACGAGGAGGACGAGGAGGAAGAGGAGGAAGGGGACGGGGACUCCACGCCGGUGCAGAGUGACCCCAUGACGGCUGAGUCGGAGCAGAGUGGGGAGCGGGCGCCCCGCGAGCACGGCCGCAGCGCCAGCCUGCUCUUCGGGAUGCGCAGCGGCACCGCCAGUGACGAGGACUCCAGCUGGGCCACGCUCAGCCAGGGCAGCCCUGCCGGCAGCUCCCCCGACGAUGCAGAUUCCUUCUGGACCCGCAACUCCUUCGAGACGGACUCAGACCUGCCUGCGGGAUGGAUGCGGGUGCAGGACACCUCGGGCACCUACUACUGGCACAUCCCCACCGGCACCACGCAGUGGGAGCCCCCUUCGGGGCUGGCCCGUGGCUCGGCCCCCGGCUCCCCUGGCAACACCCCCUCCGAGGAACCACCGCUCGCCUGGACGGGCUUCGCCCCGGCUGAGCGCUUUGGUGAGGGAGAUUUCUGGAAGGACCCCGCAGCGGAGGAGGCGGAUGAUGAGCCAGGAGUGCAGGAUGAGGAGCUGCCAUCACCGGGCCUGGCCUCGCGGAGCAUGGGUGUGGCCCUGGCCGAGGAGGACAAGCCAGGCUCCAAGCGCUUCGCUGUGCGCUCGCUGGGCUGGGUCGAGAUGAGCGAGGACGAGCUGGCACCAGGCCGGAGCAGCAUCGCUGUCAACAACUGCAUCCGCCAGCUCUCCCUGCACCAGCGCGGCCCCCCUGGUGCUUGGGGGGAGGGCCGGGCAAUGCUGCUGCUGCUGGAGAAUCAGACGCUGAAGCUGGUGGACCCACAGGAUCAGGCCCUGCUGCAUGCGCAGCCCGUGGCCAGCAUCCGCGUCUGGGGCGUGGGGCGCGACAGCGUGGAGUUCCCGGCGCCCAAGAGCGAGGUGGUGCAGAAGUUCCCGGUGUGCUACCUGGGCUGCGUGCCUGUCGCAAAGCCCGUGGGCAUGGAUGUCAUCAACGCAGCGCUGGAGGCAGCGCUGGCCACCGGCAGCAAGGAGCACUGGACCCCCAUCGUGGUCAAUGUGGCACCCGCCACCCUCACUAUCACCCACGAGCAGACGGAGGCAGUGCUGUGCGAGUGCCGUGUGCGGUUCCUGUCCUUCAUGGGGGUGGGCCGGGACGUGCGCUCCUUCGCCUUCAUCAUGGCCAGUGCCCCAGGCGCCUUCCGCUGCCACAUGGUCUGGUGCGAGCCCAACGCCGCGGGGCUGAGCGAGGCGCUGCAGGCCGCCUGUAUGCUGCGCUACCAGAAGUGCCUGGACGCCCGGCCCCAGGCCUCCAGCUCCUGCCUGCCUGCACCACCUGCCGACUCAGUGGCCCGCCGGGUGGGCUCCUCUGUCCGCAGGGGCAUGCAGACCCUGCUGGGCAGCCUGAAGCCCAAGCGCCUGGGGGCCCAGACGCCGUGA